UAUAAUUAUGUGGCGCUUGUUAAGGCCUCACCUUCGUUGUUGCUAACUAUUGCCAAACGUACUCAGCAAACGAAGUCAAAGUUCAUGGCUGCUGUUCAAACACAGAAAGAGACUGAGGCUAUUGCCGCUGCAUUAAGAAUUCAGGGCUGUGCAGAUGAUACAAAGCUUGCUGAGGAUUCAGAACGUAAAGUGACUGAUGUAUUGUUGAAUAGUCAAGGCUGUAAGCAUGGAAGUAAUCACGCUAUCCAGUAUGAAAG